AGUUUUCACUCAUAUAGCCCAGAUAAAAAACCAGAACAAAGAUUACGUACAGAGAUCCAAUUCCAGCCCCACCUUUUAAUUCAAUUGAUCCUUUAACAAGUCAAAUCAACGCUCUUACUCAGCACCUUUCGUUUCCACUUUCAUGAAUUAACAUUCUCACUCUCUUCAUUUUUUUAUGAUUCCCCUAAUCUAAAGCUAAAUGGAGAAUAACAACAACAAUAUCAAGCCACAGAAGAAGCAAAAAUGGUUCUUGUCGCUUGUUUUUUCACUCUUGCUAUCCACUCUUCUCAUAGUAGUUAGUGUUUCCUUUUCUUCAAACUCCUCAAGGUUUUACAACCGCGCCCAUGUACAAAACCCACGUCCCAAAUUCGUUGAACAAAAGCUGCACAUUUUACCCACGUCUUCUGAGAAGAUACCGAGAUUGGCGUACUUGAUUUCGGGAUCAAAGGGAGAUGGGAAUAGCUUGAGGAGAACAUUGAAGGCGUUGUAUCAUCCCAGGAAUCAGUAUGCGGUUCAUUUGGAUUUAGAGGCGUCUGUUGAGGAAAGAAUGGAGCUGGCGAGUUUUGUUGAAAGUGAGCCGCUUUUUAAGCAAGUGGGUAAUGUGCGGAUGGUUCUGAAGGCUAAUUUGGUGACUUAUAGAGGCCCUACUAUGGUUACUAACACGCUUCAUGCGGCCGCCAUUUUGUUCAAGGAAGGUGGAGACUGGGAUUGGUUUAUUAAUUUAAGUGCUUCCGAUUAUCCACUGGUCACACAAGAUGAUUUGCUCCAUAUAUUGUCAACUAUUCCACGAGAUCUUAAUUUUAUUGAGCAUACCAGUGACAUCGGUUGGAAGGAGCAUCAGAGAGCCAAGCCUCUUAUAAUUGAUCCAGGGUUGUAUAGCGUACGAAAAUCCGAUGUCUUCUGGGUCACACAGAAAAGGAGUGUUCCAACUGCAUAUAGGCUAUUUACAGGUUCUGCGUGGAUGAUGCUCUCACGUCCCUUCAUAGAAUACUGUUUGUGGGGGUGGGAUAAUCUUCCUAGGAUAGCCCUUAUGUAUUAUGCCAACUUUCUAUCUUCACCCGAAGGGUAUUUUCACACGGUUGUCUGUAAUGCUGAAGAGUUCCGGAAUACUACUGUAAACCAUGACCUCCAUUUCAUAUCUUGGGACAACCCUCCUAAACAACACCCACAUUUCCUCACUACCAAUGAUUAUCAGAGGAUAGUUGAGAGCAAUGCUCCCUUUGCAAGGAAAUUUGGCAGGAACGAGCCAGUUCUUGACAAGAUUGAUUCUGAGCUGCUGGCUCGCAAUGCUGAUGGAUAUGUCCCUGGUGGAUGGUUCAAUAAAGAAAAAAAUUCAAACUUGAGUGCUCCACAGCAUUUCAUGACAAACACCAGUGAACUUAGGCCUGGUCCUGGUGCUGAAAGGCUAAAACGCCUUAUCACUGGUUUACUAUCAGCUGAAGAUUUUCAUAAAAACCACUGCACCUGACACCAAAAUUCCAGCGAAGAUUGCAGUACAGGUAAGAACCAUGUAGGAAUUAAAGGGGAAGAGAAAUUACUUCCUCCCCAGAGUAUAAGUUAUAUCUUUUCCAAUUUUUACUUGCUAAAAUUUGCUUUGGUAACUAUAGUGGUUGAUGCUGGAGUUAAAUGUAGUGUUUAUUAGUCUGUAUAAUCUAUGAAAAGUGUCAUGGAUUCAUGCAUCACCAACACCAAGCCACGAAAGCUGUUGGAUGCCUAUAAACUUGGCCUUGCAUGCGUCAUUUUAUCAUAGAGCAAUGUUAUGUGUUUUAGCAUAUAGUUAGGUUAAUAAAUAAUGUGUCAUCGCAUAUGAUAGUGCUGUAUGUCUCACUCCAUUUUGGAUUCCUACUUUAGUCCAAAGCGCUAGAUAUCAGAAUUAUGGCCUGUUGUCUUUAAUAAUUAUUGCCACAUACCGACUAUGUACUUCUUAUUUUUGCUUUGACAACCUAAGAGAAAGGCCUUUUUGGAAUCA